GAGGACAUGGGAACAGAGAAUGCAACACUGCUGACACAAUUUGUUCUCACAGGACUCACUCAUCUGCCACAGUGGAGAGUUCCCCUGUUCCUGCUGUUCUUAGUGAUCUAUCUCAUCACCAUCGUGGGAAAUCUUGGUCUGAUAGCUCUCAUCUGGAAUGACCCUGGCCUUCACAUCCCCAUGUACCUAUUUCUAGGGAGUUUAGCCUUUGUGGAUGCUUGGUUAUCAUCCACAGUGACACCAAAGAUGCUUCUUACCUUCCUAGCUAAGAGUAAACUGAUAUCUCUCUCAGAAUGCAUGAUACAGUUUUUUUCAUUUGUAAUGUGUGCAACCAUGGAAUGUUUUCUCUUGGCAGCAAUGGCCUAUGAUCGCUAUGCAGCAAUAUGCAAACCUUUACUCUACCCAGUGAUCAUGACAAACAGACUAUGUGUAUGCCUGCUAGUCUUGACCUUUGUAACCGGAAUUCUUCAUGCUUCAAUUCAUGAAGGCAUGUUAUUCAGGUUAACCUUCUGUAAUUCCAACAUAAUACACCACUUUUACUGUGAUGUUAUGCCCCUGCUAAAGAUUUCUUGUACUGAUCCUUCUCUUAAUUACUUAAUUGUUUUUAUUUUUUCUGGCUCAAUCCAAGUAUUCACCAUUUCAACUAUUCUAGGCUCUUACACACUUGUUCUGUGUACAGUCUUAAAAAAGAAAUCUGCCAGAGGCAUAAAGAAAGCCUUCUCCACUUGUGGGGCCCAUCUCUUGUCUGUGUCUUUAUACUAUGGCUCUCUUCUCUUCAUGUAUCUGCUCCCUGCAUCUCAACAAGUGCAGGAUGAAGACAUGAUGGACUCUGUAUUUUACACUGUCAUAAUCCCUGUGAUGAAUCCAAUUAUCUACAGUCUGAGAAACAAGCAAAUCAAAGAUUCACUGGAAAAAUUCAUUAAGAGAAAUGUUUAG